AUGGCUGCGCCGGCAACAGAUGUCUUACCGACCAGUGAUGAAUAUCCAGAGAUUCCUAUUAUCGAUGAUAAUGAGAGUCUUGCUGAGGUGAUUCGAAAAUUAGGGAAUUACCUCAAUGUAGCUGUACCUGAUGUUGCGUGUACAUUUGAGCAGCUGAGAUCUUCUGCCUAUGGACACAAGCUCAGGCUCCUCAUAGGCUCUCUGGCUGAGAAUUCACACAAUCCUUGGAUUAUCUCCGCUUUGAUGAUCUUGAAAUGGCAGUUAAACAAUGAAGACAACGACUCCGACUGGGGGUUGAACGAAAGUCGGGGUUAUGCGUGUGAAUACAUUGCCUGGCAGUUUCUUUGUCACCUCACACGACGGGAGAUGAUAGAUGUACUGCUUGACGAGCUUCCCUCUCCCCGACGAGAUUCCGCAACAAUCUCACAGGCCGAGCAAGGUACAUCUGGACUUGGAUCAAUCUCCCAUGAAGAUGAAGGCAACGAAACAGAAGGCGAAAGGACCCCGCUAUUGUUGAGCUCUUCCUCGUCUCUCUACCGAUUCUUUGUCGGCAAAAGCCACCGAGGUGACUCUUGCACUGGGGACAAUCGGGAAUCUCGGGCUUGGUAUUAUGAUGAUCCCGAACUUCAUUCCUUCUCACCUUUUUUUGGUCUCAACGCUCUGGAAAUCGCAACAAUCGCCCAUGCUAAAAAGUUUCUCAGCCAGAAGGCUGUUCAAAGGGUGAUAGACGAUAUCUGGAAUGGGGAGAUUGUUUUUUGGGACUCAUUGAGUGUACAUUCCAAGAAGAAGCCUCAGUUUUUCAACAAACGGACUGCGGAUCCAUACUCAAGAUUAAGAGUUCCAAUGUAUCGAAAAGCGUUUGAAGCCGCUUUUUUCGUUUCUUUCUUGUUCCUAUACUACGCAGUCCUUGUUGAGAGAAAACCUACCGGCAUAGGCAUAUUCGAGACGUUGAUGUAUGUCUGGAUAGCUGCCUUUGCUUAUGAUGAACUGAGUGGCAUCGUCGAUGCGGGGAUGCUCUUCUACCAGAUGGAUUUUUGGAGCCUCUGGAACAUGGGCAUAAUUGCCAUUGGGCUUGCCUUUAUUAUCGCGCGUGAGUCAUUCGCCCCUGUAGCAAUACCUGGGCCAGCUCCGGCGAAGGCGAACAAGAUUUGCUCACUAGUGAGCUUGAACCCGUAUUUUGGCAGCUUGAUACCUGUUUUGAAAGAGAUGACCAAAGCCUUUUUCAGGUUCCUUCCUGUGGUUGUCGUUUUGUACAUUGGGUUUCUGACGACAUUCACUAUGCUUGCCCGUGACCGCCUGUCUCUGCGGCAAAUGUCAUGGAUUCUUGUGAAAGUAUUCUUUGGAUCGAGUGUCUUAGGAUUUGACAUCGCAUAUGAUAUUUCUCCGAUCUUUGGCUAUGGUUUGAUGCUCUUGUUCGUGUCAAUGACAAAUUUGUUAUUGAUCUCCUCUCUGGUUAGCUUGAUGAGCAUGAGUCUAGAAGGGGUCAUGGCUCAUGCACGAGAAGAGUAUCGUUUCCAGUUAUCCAUUUACGUCCUAGAAAGCAGCAACUCUAGAAGACUAACUUAUUUUAUGCCACCUUUGAACCUCAUCCCACUUCUCUGCAUUCGGCCCCUAAGGCUGUUUCUGCCCGCAGGGCAUAUCCGUCGAGUUCGCAUUGUUCUGCUCCGGGCAACCCACCUUCCUUUUGUGGCCUUGAUCUGGGCUUUUGAGUCUAGCCACCGCUAUGUUUCGCAACGAAACAACCAAUUCCCCCCUACUCAAACGACUUCUACCUCUUCCAUCCAGGCUAACUUCCCUUUCUCCACGCGCCACGCUCCGCUCCAUGCCUCCACAGUCGAUACGUCGCAGCUGGGUUGUGGGAAAUCCAAGGGAUCGAGCAACGCGGCUCAGCAUGCGGAAGCCCGCGGAGUGUGUGGACUGACUCCGAAUCAGGCCGGGCGUAAUGACUUGGCGGAUAUGAUCGACGAGCUGGAACGGUUGCGCACCCAAGUGGAGCGCGUAGCAGCUACAGUAGCUUUUCACCAACGAAAUCGACUGUGA